CAGUAAUCGAUCUGUAAAUGUGACAGUGACAUACAUCUUGCCGUACUGUUUGACAUUACAAGGUGUGUCACUCAGUAUAUCCCUGGUAACGGUGAGCUAAUCAAUAUUUAUGGCAAUCAGCUGGUAUCUCUGGGAAGGUUCCUUCCUGCCCCUCCUGUGAGCUAUUCUGUGCCUGCCCCACAUGGGUAUCAGACAUCCUGCAUUAGCUAGCUGAGACGGGCCAAAGGUGAGUGCAGCAGGCUGGGCUGAACCAGGGAGACAGGUUUACUGUGCACCAUGCCUGCCUUGCAGAGGAGGAAGAGAAUUGGCGUCUGUGUCAACGACAAGAAGAAAAGAAAACUCAACUUUCAUGUCUUUGAGGAACUUUGCAAGUGGGUGAAGUGUGCAGUGUGUGAUUGUGCGUACUGUCUACACUGUGUGUUACCCUAUUGUCUACACUAUAUGCACUGUGUGUGUUACCCUACUGUCUACAUUAUAUGCACUGUGUGCAUUAACCUACGGUCUACACUGUGUGUGUAUUAUCCUACUGUCUACACUGUGUGUGUGUGUUACCCUACUGUCUACACUAUAUGCUCUGUGUGUGUUACCCUACUGUCUACACUGUGUGUGUGUGUGUGUGUGUGUAUUAUCCUACUGUCUACACUGUGUGUGUAUUAUCUUACUGUCUACACUGUGUGUGUGUUAUCCUACUGUCUACACUAUAUGCGCUGUGUAUGUUACACUAUUGUCUGCACUGUGUGUAUGUUACUCUACUGUCUGCACUGUGUGUGUUACCCUACUGUCUGACUCUAUACUAUAUGCACUGUGUGCUGCUCUACUAUGUACAUUGUGUGUUACUCUACUAUAUACACUAUGUGUGUUACUCUACUGUCUGCACUGUGUGUGUGUUACCCUACUGUCUGCGCUGUGUGUUACUCUACUAUAUGUACUGUGUGUAUGUUACUCUACUGUCUGCACUGUGUGUGUUACCCUACUGUCUGACUCUAUACUAUAUGCACUGUGUGCUGCUCUACUAUGUACAUUGUGUGUUACUCUACUAUAUACACUAUGUGUGUUACUCUACUGUCUGCACUGUGUGUGUUACUCUACUGUCUGCACUGUGUGUGUGUGUUACCCUUCUGUCCACACUAUAUGCACUGUGGCACUGUGUGUGUUACCCUACUCUCCACACUGUGUGUGUUACCUUACUGUCUACACUCUGUGUGUGCGUUACCCCACUGUCCACACUGUGUGUGUGUGUGUGGGGGGGGAUGCGUUAUCCUACUGUAUACAUUGUGUGUUACCCUACUGUCUGCACUGUGUGUGUGUGUUACCCUACUGUCUACACUAUAUGCAGUCUGUGUGUUAACCUACUGUGUACACUGUGUGUGUGUGUUUUACCCUAGUGUCUGCAGUAUAUACAAUUCUGCCUCUAGUUAAAAAAUAUUGAGGCAAUUCUACUGGUUAGUCAAUCUGUAACACUGCAUAAAAAUUAUUUGUGAAACGCAAAGUUAUUUUUAUAUCUUACAUUACGAAACCUUUUAUUUUUCAGGAGCCGCGGAUACGAUGUGACGGAUGUAAGUGUGCCAAGCGUUAUAUUACUCUAUAUACCAGCUAUGCGUGCCAGGUGUUAUAUUGCUCUAUAUACCAGCUGUUUGUGCCAGGUGUUAUAUUACUCUAUAUACCAGCUAUGUCUGCAUGGCGUUAUAUUGCGCUAUAUACCAGCUAUGUGUGCCAGGCGUUAUAUUGCGCUAUAUACCAGCUAUUUGUGCCAGGCGUUAUAUUGCUCUAUAUACCAGCUAUUUGUGCCAGGCGUUAUAUUACUCUAUAUACCAGCUAUGUCUGCCUGGCGUUAUAUUGCGCUAUAUACCAACUAUGUGUGAUGGGCGUUAUAUUGCAGCUAUGUGUGCAAGGUAAAAAAUUCAGGUUCAGAUUAAAUAAUUCCCAGGUGAUAAAUUCAAUUAAAAAAAAACUAAUGUUGCCAUUAGGUGGAUCUCUCACUGCCCCUCAGUAACCAAGGUCCCUUUGAUCUGAUUAUACACAAGUUGUCAGACCUUCUUGUAGAAGCUGGCCAAGACCUCAAAUCCCAUUAUCUCGUCCAGCGGCUUCAGGUAAGUCUAAAAUACACUAAGAUGGACUUCUAUUGGAUCUACUGCUCCAUCCUUUAUAUUGUAUCUCCUGCUCCAGCCUUUUAUAUUUUACCUCCUGCUCCAGCCUUUAUAUUGUAUCUCCUGCUACAACCUUUUAUAUUGUGGCCCCUGCUCCAACUUUUUAUAUUGUAUCCUCCUGCUCCAGCCUUUUUAUAUUGUAUCUCCUGGCUCCAUCCUUUUAUAUUGUAAUCUCCUGCUCCAUCAUUGGGCCAUUGUAUCUCCUGCUCCAUCCUUUUUAUAUUGUGCACCUUCCUGCUCCAUCAUUGCCAUUGUAUUCCUGCUCCAUCCUUUUAUAUUGUAUCUCCUGCUCCAUCACAAUAUUGUAUCUCCUGCUCCAUCUCUUAUAUUGUACUCCUGCUCAAUUCCCUUUUAUAUUGUAUCUCCUGCUCCAUCCUUUUAUAUUGUAUCUCCUGCUCCAUCCUUUAUAUUGUAUCUCCUGCUCCAUCCUUUAUAUUGUAUCUCCUGCUCCAUCCUUUAUAUUGUAUCUCCUGCUUCAUCCUUAAUAUUGUAUCUCCUGCUCCAUCCUUUAUAUUGUAUCUCCUGCUCCAGCCUUUAUAUUGUAUCUCCUGCUCCAGCCUUUAUAUUGUAUCUCCUGCUCCAUCCUUUAUAUUGUAUCUCCUACUCCAUCCUUUAUAUUGUAUCUCCUGCUCCAACCUUUAUAUUGUAUCUCCUGCUCCAUCCUUUAUAUUGUAUCUCCUGCUCCAACCUUUAUAUUGUAUCUCCUGCUCCAUCCUUUAUAUUGUAUCUCCUGCUCCAUCCUUUAUAUUGUAUCUCCUGCUCCAUCCUUUAUAUUGUAUCUCCUGCUCCAUCCUUUAUAUUGUAUCUCCUGCUCCAUCCUUUAUAUUGUAUCUCCUGCUCCAUCCUUUAUAUUGUAUCUCCUGCUCCAUCCUUUAUAUUGUAUCUCCUGCUCCAUCCUUUAUAUUGUAUCUCCUGCUCCAUCCUUUAUAUUGUAUCUCCUGCUCCAUCCUUUAUAUUGUAUCUCCUGCUCCAUCCUUUAUAUUGUAUCUCCUGCUCCAUACUUUAUAUUGUAUCUCCUGCUCCAUCAUUAAUAUUGUAUCUCCUGCUCCAUCCUUUAUAUUGUAUCUCCUGCUCCAUCCUUUAUAUUGUAUCUCCUGCUCCAUCCUUUAUAUUGUAUCUCCUGCUCCAUCCUUUAUAUUGUAUCUCCUGCUCCAGCCGUUAUAUUGUAUCUCCUGCUCCAACCUUUAUAUUGUAUCUCCUGCUCCAUCCUUUAUAUUGUAUCUCCUGCUCCAGCCGUUAUAUUGUAUCUCCUGCUCCAUCCUUUAUAUUGUAUCUCCUGCUCCAACCUUUAUAUUGUAUCUCCUGCUCCAUCCUUUACAGGGAGUGCAGAAUUAUUAGGCAAGUUGUAUUUUUGAGGAUUAAUUUUAUUAUUGAACAACAACCAUGUUCUCAAUGAACCCAAAAAACUCAUUAAUAUCAAAGCUGAAUAUUUUUGGAAGUAGUUUUUAGUUUGUUUUUAGUUUUAGCUAUGUUAGGGGAUAUCUGUGUGUGCAGGUGACUAUUACUGUGCAUAAUUAUUAGGCAACUUAACAAAAAACAAAUAUAUACCCAUUUCAAUUAUUUAUUAUUACCAGUGAAACCAAUAUAACAUCUCAACAUUCACAAAUAUACAUUUCUGACAUUCAAAAACAAAACAAAAACAAAUCAGUGACCAAUAUAGCCACCUUUCUUUGCAAGGACACUCAAAAGCCUGCCAUCCAUGGAUUCUGUCAGUGUUUUGAUCUGUUCACCAUCAACAUUGCGUGCAGCAGCAACCACAGCCUCCCAGACACUGUUCAGAGAGGUGUACUGUUUUCCCUCCUUGUAAAUCUCACAUUUGAUGAUGGACCACAGGUUCUCAAUGGGGUUCAGAUCAGGUGAACAAGGAGGCCAUGUCAUUAGAUUUUCUUCUUUUAUACCCUUUCUUGCCAGCCACGCUGUGGAGUACUUGGACGCGUGUGAUGGAGCAUUGUCCUGCAUGAAAAUCAUGUUUUUCUUGAAGGAUGCAGACUUCUUCCUGUACCACUGCUUGAAGAAGGUGUCUUCCAGGAACUGGCAGUAGGACUGGGAGUUGAGCUUGACUCCAUCCUCAACCCGAAAAGGCCCCACAAACUCAUCUUUGAUGAUACCAGCCCAAACCAGUACUCCACCUCCACCUUGCUGGCGUCUGAGUCGGACUGGAGCUCUCUGCCCUAUACCAAUCCAGCCACGGGCCCAUCCAUCUGGCCCAUCAAGACUCACUCUCAUUUCAUCAGUCCAUAAAACCUUAGAAAAAUCAGUCUUGAGAUAUUUCUUGGCCCAGUCUUGACGUUUCAGCUUGUGUGUCUUGUUCAGUGGUGGUCGUCUUUCAGCCUUUCUUACCUUGGCCAUGUCUCUGAGUAUUGCACACCUUGUGCUUUUGGGCACUCCAGUGAUGUUGCAGCUCUGAAAUAUGGCCAAACUGGUGGCAAGUGGCAUCGUGGCAGCUGCACGCUUGACUUUUCUCAGUUCAUGGGCAGUUAUUUUGCGCCUUGGUUUUUCCACACGCUUCUUGCGACCCUGUUGACUAUUUUGAAUGAAACGCUUGAUUGUUCGAUGAUCACGCUUCAGAAGCUUUGCAAUUUUAAGAGUGCUGCAUCCCUCUGCAAGAUAUCUCACUAUUUUUGACUUUUCUGAGCCUGUCAAGUCCUUCUUUUGACCCAUUUUGCCAAAGGAAAGGAAGUUGCCUAAUAAUUAUGCACACCUGAUAUAGGGGUGUUGAUGUCAUUAGACCACACCCCUUCUCAUUACAGAGAUGCACAUCACCUAAUAUGCUUAAUUGGUAGUAGGCUUUGGAGCCUAUACAGCUUGGAGUAAGACAACAUGCAUAAAGAGGAUGAUGUGGUCAAAAUACUCAUUUGCCUAAUAAUUCUGCACUCCCUGUAUAUUGUAUCUCCUGCUCCAUCCUUUAUAUUGUAUCUCCUGCUCCAUCCUUUAUAUUGUAUCUCCUGCUCCAUCCUUUAUAUUGUAUCUCCUGCUCCAUCCUUUAUAUUGUAUCUCCUGUUUGAUCCUUUAUAUUGUAUCGCCUGCUCCCUCCUUUAUAUUGUAUCUCCUGCUCCAUCCUUAAUAUUGUAUCUCCUGCUCCAACCUUUAUAUUGUAUCUCCUGCUCCAUCCUUUAUAUUGUAUCUCCUGCUCCAUCCUUUAUAUUGUAUCUCCUGCCUCAUCCUUUAUAUUGUAUCUCCUGCUCCAUACUUUAUAUUGUAUCUCCUGCUCCCUCCUUUAUAUUGUAUCUCCUGCUCCAACCUUUAUAUUGUAUCUCCUGCUCCAUCCUUAAUAUUGUAUCUCCUGCUCCAACCUUUAUAUUGUAUCUCCUGCUCCAUCCUUUAUAUUGUAUCUCCUGCUCCAUCCUUUAUAUUGUAUCUCCUGCUCCAUCCUCCUUUAUAUUGUAUCUCCUGCUCCAUCCUUAAUAUUGUAUCUCCUGCUCCAUCCUUAAUAUUGUAUCUCCUGCUCCAUCCUUAAUAUUGUAUCUCCUGCUCCAUCCUUAAUAUUGUAUCUCCUGCUCCAUCCUUAAUAUUGUAUCUCCUGCUCCAGCCUUUAUAUUGUAUCUCCUGCUCCAUCCUUUAUAUUGUAUCUCCUGUUCAAUCCUUUAUAUUGUAUCUCCUGCUCCAACCUUCCUCUUGGUGUCUGUAAAAUAUUCCCACAAAGUGCAGCUUGAAAAGACCUCUUAUAGAGAGAUCAAUACAUUGCUCUCUGCAGGAUGUUUCAAUAAAGCUGGCUUCACUGAGCCCUGGUUUGCCCGAACCUUCUUUGGUUUUCCUUGUGUCUUUGUUAAUAAGUCAUCAUUAUGAUUUAUUAAGUGCUCCCUGUCCCCAUUGCUAUCACUGUUAAUGGUAUUACCCAAAAGCUCACAAUCUCCCUCCCUCCCCCCUACCCCCCCAUUCACGCAGUAAGUCUUGCUAUGAGGGGAACCAGACACAAGUGAUAUCUGUGUAAUCUGAACCUUAUUGUGAUGUGGGUUAAUAUAGUAUAACCUUCUAGAAGUGCCUACCAUAUUAACCACUUCACUACAAAAAUCGAGCAUAAACCUUUUUAUUUUACAGAAUAAGAUUUAGUCCACAAAGCCUCACUCACCCUAAUUUAACCUCCAAUAAUGAUUAUCAGUCUGUAUCAGUAUUGUUAUCAGUCUUUAGAUUAACAAACUUCUCUGCCAGACAUCACUAGUAGCUAAUUUAAUGUCUGCAAUUGUGCUGGAAAUGUCAGCUCACUCCCUGCUUUCAAGCAGCAAAGGAAGGAUCAAUGGGUCAUAACAUUUCUACAAUCAGCUGAACUGCUAGUAAUGCCUUCAGUAUAAUUACAGAUACCUAUAAGCAAGGUAUUUUGACCAUUUUAUAUCUCUUUUUUUUUUCACGCCCAUAUGUGAUAAAAAACAUGUUUUUUCCUUUUUAUAAUAACGUUUUAGACCCUGGGUGAAUAUUGCAAGACAAAGGACAUUGUAUAAUGUCUAAAGCUUUUCAUUUCUCAGAUAUUUUUUAUAAAAUAUGAACAAGUAAGUAAAAAAUAAAAAUUGUGUAAAUUUACAGAAUUUUAAUUUUUAACUUUGUCCACAAAGCAACCUAUAAACAAAACCGAUGUGUUAUGAUAUGGUUGUGCUUGCGAUGCACCCCUCGCUUCAAAUACAUGUUAUGCUAAUAUCAAAUAAAAAAAAGUGCUCGGUAGUUAAGGAAUUAAAGUGUUAUUCCAAGUACUAUGACCAGGUCAGUGAUUUGAAGUGGUCAUGGUGCCUGCAAUCUGUGUGUGCAGUGCUUUACCAUGAAAGGCUGCACAUGCAGAGUUUAACCCUUCUGCUGCCUGAGUUGUAACUACACCUCAUUGGAGAGAUUUAACUCCCAUUGUAAUUGUAGCGUCAUCAGCCAGCUCAGUCCAAGAGUUCCAGCUGGCUAAUGUCAAUUCUGUGCAACUUUCAUUGCACAGAAUGUCAGUCAUUGUCAGUCACCUGAUGCUCUUAGCCAAUGAAUGGUGAGGGCCGCGUUCAGCACAAGCAGAAAGUACAACACAGGACCACCAAGGAGCAUCGGAAACCCAGGUAAGGGGGCAAUCUGUUGCUAAACGGCUUGUCCUAUAACUGGGGAACCAUGCCAGGGUACUCCUGGCAUCAUAACCACUACAGCGGGCUGUAGUGGUUAUGAUGAUUGGAGUAACCCUUUAACCUAUUAAUGUCUGCUUUACAGGUCUAUCUGGACACUCACCCGUACACUAUCCUCCUGGACCCCCUGCCCGCUCUGCACACCCUCCUCGAUCGAUUCCAGUCCUAUCACUUACUGCGCAGCCUGGAGUCCCGCAACAAUGGUCAGUAGGAGAUGGACAACAUACCCCAAAUAGCCUGCUCACGCUGCUUGCUACCAGCUUACUAGAUAGAACAGAGAACAUUGCAGCCAUAUUUACUAAAAACGUGUGCUCGGGUAUAAUGGAGAUCUCUCCUCGAUUGCAUGGUAUAUUCGUGUUGAUGACUGUGUUUUUCUUGUUUUCUCUGAAGGUAUCUGCUCGGUCUUCUCCCCGCCAUGUGUGGAGUUGGUGUCCAAGCAUUGCGAUAUUGUCUCCCUGGUGCGGGCACAUCUCACCUUCCCAAUCAGUAAGGCUGCCAAGGCAGAGUUGAUGACCUCUGAACCCAAUCAUUCCUGGGGUGUGGGGUGUCUAAGUAUGUAAACAGAACAUACAAAGUACAAGUCCUGCAUUUACCAGCGGGCACAGGGCGCCAUGAGCUUAUCUCUUGUUAGUUAGAGAUGUUUCUGGCAAACACAGAUAAGGCUAUUUACUAACGCGGGAGUGGUGGACAAGUGUUCCAAUUUUGUCAUUUUGUCUUCAGAUUUGUUAUUUCUCUGUUAAUUCUCCACAAUAAGCAGUUGUGAAUUACUCCAUUUGUGUUAAUUACGGGAAUAACAAAUCAUUGUUACACAGUUUGUAUCCAUCUUGUAUACAUUUGAAGUAUUACUGUGGAAACUGUAACACAGUCGCUGUGUUAAUAGGAAUGUGGUCCUUCUGAGUAAAAAAUAUGGAUACAUUUAUGCAAACCCCCUCCAGUGUGUCACAUGGGGGCUGACUACCCCCUCUCCUCUCUCCACCCCCAAUCAGUACACCACUGCAUGAUCAAAGUGUGUGAGGCAAAAGGUAUUGUAUAACAAAGAAACAGGUUACCUGCGCACUAUCCCAAAGUGAUUUUGUAUGUCUGAAAAAAGUAUUGUAUGUAUCGCUGUAACGUAGACGUUAGUAUGUGUGUGUUCUUGUGUUAGUGUUAUAAUGCCUGUGUGUGUAUGUUUGCAUAUAUGUGUUAGUGUUACACAGGUACUCCCAUCUGCCAUUUGCAGAUACAAUAUACUCUGUGUGUCUGUGUAACAUAGCACAGUGUGUGGUUUUGUGACAUUUUGUUACAGAGUGUUAUAUCGUGUUACAGUGUUACACGGGUACUGCCAUCUGCCAUUCUUGGACACAUAUACUCUGUGUGUCUGUGUAACAUAGCAGAGUGUAUGUUUUUGUGACAUUGUGUUACAGAGGUUACAUUGUGUCACACAGUGUUACACAGGUACUCCCAUCUGCCAUUUGCAGAUACAAUAUACUCUGUGUGUCUGUGUAACAUAGCACAGUGUGUGUUUUUGUGACAUUGUGUUACAGAGUGUUAUAUUGUGUUACAGUGAUACACGGGUACUGCCAUCUGCCAUUCUUGGACACAUAUACUCUGUGUGUCUGUGUAACAUUGCAGAGUGUAUGUUUUUGUGACAUUGUGUUACAGAGGUUACAUUGUGUCACACAGUGUUACACAGGUACUCCCAUCUGCCUUUUGCAGACACAAUAUACUCUGUGUGUCUGUGUAACAUAGCACAGUGUGUGUUUUUAUGACAUUGUGUUACAGAGUGUUACAGAGGUACUCCCAUCUGCCAUUUGCAGACACAUAUACUCUGUGUGUCUGUGUAACAUAGCAUAGUGUGUAUUUUUGUGACAUUGUGCAUUGUUUCUGUGGGACACUACAUGAUGUGUAUUUUUGUGACAUUGUGCAGUGAGUGAUUGUGUGAUAUUGCAUAGAUUAUGUUUUUGUGACAUUAUGUAAUGUGUGCUUUUUUGUGACAUUGUGCAGUGAGUGAUAUUUAGACAUUGUAUAGUGAGUGACUUUGUGACAUCGUACAAUGAUUGAUUUUGUGACACUGCAUUGUGUGUGUAUGCGACAGAGUGCGUCCUUCUGGAUGAAAUAGUUUAUCUCUUGGACAGGGUGCGGUGCACAGUGUGUGUUCUGUGUCACACGUACAUUUAGAGCAAAGUUCUCGGGGUGUGUCACAGGGUGUUUAUAUGAGUGUCUGUGACUGCGUGUCACAAUAUUGUGUUUGUGUAUAACACAGUAUAGGGUGAGCGUGUCUGUGUAUAACACAGUAUAGGGUGAGUGUGUCUGUGUAUAACACAGUAUAGGGUGAGUGUGUCUGUGUAUAACACAGUAUAGGGUGAGUGUGUCUGUGUAUAACACAGUAUAGGGUGAGUGUGUCUGCGUAUAACACAGUAUUGGGUGAGUGUGUCUGUGUAUAACACAGUAUUGGGUGAGUGUGUCUGUGUAUAACACAGUAUAGGGUGAGCGUGUCUGCGUAUAACACAGUAUAGGGUGAGUGUGUCUGCGUAUAACACAGUAUAGGGUGAGCGUGUCUGUGUAUAACUCAGUAUUGGGUGAGCGUGUCUGCGUAUAACACAGUAUAGGGUAUGUAUUGUCAUAACACAAUACAAGUUAAGUAUAGGUUGAGAAGGAUAAGAGUUAAAUUUCUCCAUAUGUUGAGAGCUGGUGGACAAUGCAUGACAUCAUCAUAGGACCCAUCACACAACACUGGACAUCUUUAUAGCUUCCUGUCUUCCAGACUCCGUCUUGUUUCCCCUCACUCAUGAGUCUAAAUCUGUGUCCCAUACGAUCUGAUAGGCACAGCGCUCAAACUGGCUACAUCCAAGGAUUCACAGCUACAUAUUCUCCUACACUGCAAACUGUCUCCAUGAAACACUUUAACUAACUGUCUCCAUGAAAUACACUGCAUUUAUUAACUAACUGUCUCCAUGAAAUACACUGCAUUUAUAACUAACUGUCUCCAUUAAAUACACUGCAUUUAUAAACUAACUGUCUCCAUGAAAUACACUGGAUUUAUAAACUAACUGUCUCCAUGAAAUACACUGCAUUUAUAAACUAACUGUCUCCAUGAAAUACACUGGAUUUAUAAACUAACUGUCUCCAUGAAAUACACUGUAUUUAUAACUAACUGUCUCCAUGAAAUACACUGCAUUUAUAAACUAACUGUCUCCAUGAAAUACACUGCAUUUAUAAACUAACUGUCUCCAUGAAAUACACUGGAUUUAUAACUAACUGUCUCCAUUAAAUACACUGGAUUUAUAACUAACUGUCUCCAUGAAAUACACUGUAUUUAUAACUAACUGUCUCCAUGAAAUACACUGGAUUUAUAAACUAACUGUCUCCAUGAAAUACACUGGAUUUAUAAACUAACUGUCUCCAUGAAAUACACUGGAUUCAUUCACUACACAAUACAUUUUUGCAAAAAGAAAGAGAUUGCAAUAUUCAGGUGCAAUUCAGAAACUUGGGAGGUAUCUGAAGUGUUGUUUUGCCCAUGUAAUGAAAGGGUGACAGUCAGUGUAAGAUUAUGCUCUUGGGAAUUAAAUUAUUAUUACGCCCACAGGCAGACAUGAGUGGGGGAGCCAGCAUGGGGGCAGAUACAUAUCAUAUAUGGAGUAUGGAUAGAUAUAAAUAUGGCACUUUCUCAUUGCAUUCCUUCUCUCUGUUACAGUCUGUAAGACACAAAUCGCCCACGGACCACGUUCUCACCAGGUGUGUAUUUGCUGGGGUACCCUCUACGUGUAUGUUAGGAAACUUGGGUAGGGUUCUUACAACCAGUGAUCCAUCGUAUAGUUACAUAGUAAUUUCCAUUUCGGCUGUUGAUCCAAAAAUAAGGCAAAUGUUCCAAUUUAAUGCAUAUUUUCAUGUUCCUAUAAAUCGGAAAUUAAAUCCUUCUUGACUUAUAAGGGGCAAUCCGAUUUCUCCCUGUUAAUGUUCUGAAAAUCCACUAUUAUAUCCUUCAAUAUUCUGCUCCUCCACAUCUUCAUUGUUAUUACUGUAAAGAACACUUUGCCCUCCACCUCUUACGGCAUGAGGCAAUAAUGCUGACAACUAUCUGAGUUGUGAUGUCCUAGACCUGAAUUACCCCUCCAGCAAACUGCAACUUCUAUUUUAUUUACUCCUUAAUGUCGAGAGACUCACUGAAGCCACGUUGGAUUGUGGGGGCAUCCAGUGUAUCUAUAUGUACACGACUUCAAUUAUACCCUCGACGAGCACUACUGUUUGUACUGUCUGCACCUAUGUUAUGAGCUGUGUUCGCAAAUUAUUAUUAUUAUUAUUAUUAUAAUAUUUAUAGAGCGCCGUCAAAUUCCACAGCGCUUUACAAUGGGUGGACGAACAGACAUGUAGUUGUAACUAGACAAGUUGGACACACAGGAUCAGAGGGGUUGAGGGCCCUGCUCAAUGAGCUUACAUGCUAGAGGGAGUGGGGUAAAAUGACACAAAAAGGUAAGGAUAGUAUUAGACUAGUGACAGCUGCAGAAGAGGAAUCAGUCAGGAGCUAUUAAAGGGACACUAUAGUCACCUGAACAACUUUAGCUUAAUGAAGCAGUUUUGGUGUAUAGAACAUGCCCCUGCAGCCUCACUGCUCAAUCCUCUGCCAUUUAGGAGUUAAAUCCCUUUGUUUAUGUAAAACCAUUACCAAAAAACUCUAAAUAAAGAACACUUUGCUCUACUGGGGGCAAAAUUUAAUAACGUUGGAAAAGCGUUUCAAUUGAUUUAAUAUCUUUGGAUACAUUUUUUAAAUGAUGUGAUGCGUGUUAUGUUUAUAUAUUCUUUUUUUAUAUGACAUAUUUUUUUCAUCAUUUGAAAAGUUUAAUCAAAAAUAUUAAAUGGAGGCCUUCAGUAAUAUACUAUUUUGUAUUUUUUCACAUGAUUAACGCUGCAAUAAAAUUGAUCAUUUAUAUGCUAUCAAUCAGUAGCCGUCGACUCAGCAUUGUCCGUUUUUGUAGCUCUUAUAUUUUCACAUAAAACGCAAUGUGUUUCUUGUAGUGAUGGUCCAUGUAAUGUGCUUUGCUCUCUGCUCCUUCUCCUUCCAGAUGUCCCUGAUAUUUAACGAGGGGGGUUUAAAUGAAGUGACUCCCCCAUGCCUCUUGCAAAGCUUCAUUAAUCACAAUGCUACUCUUUACAAGGUAUUUGUGGUGGGGUCAGAACAUUUUGUGGUACGGAGACCCUCUCUGCGGAAUUUCCCCUUGGGAGAGACAGGUAAGUAAGAGAAUGUACUUAAAUUGGGAUUUAUUUAUAUUAAGGAAACACUCCAUUAAAAAAAUGUAAAAAUUAUAUAUAUAUAAAUGUGUGUGUUUAACGGUUUAGUCGAUAUACCCCCAAAGUAUAAUAUACAUGUAGUUUGUAUUGUAUGUCUCCUUUAUAUGAAAUCUUGUCAUGGAAUAGCUGCAGAUCUCUAGCCGUCCUCUUUUUACCCUGCCAGACUUUUUGUGGCUGUCCAAUCACAGACUUCCCAAUAUAGCACAAUGAGAAGUCUAUGCAAGGCAGGUGCUUUGAGCUACCUGAAAUUGGCCUUUUAAUAGAAUAAAACAAAAACCCUCACACAUUAAACACUUAGCAAGCUUUAUGUGUCUGGAGUGUUCCUUUAAUAUGUCUUAUGCAACAAUCACAAGUAAAAACACAAGUCCAGUGUCUGAACAUUAGCUCCUGGAACCAUCUUUUAUAGGUGUUUAACCCUAUGUUCCUUUAUACAUAUGGCAGUGUUAUAUCCCGGAUCCUGGGAAUUAAAAUGGGUUUUAGCUGAAUUUCUUUUAGUCACAUAAAAUACACUGAACAAAAUUAUAAACGCAACACUUUUGGUUUUGCCCCCAUUUUUCAUGAGCUGAACUCAAAGAUCUAAGACUUUUUUUCUAUGUACACAAAAGGCCUAUUUCUCUCAAAUAUUGUUCACAAAUCUGUCUAAAUCUGUGUUAGUGAGCACUUCUCCUUCACUGAGAUAAUCCAUCCACCUCACAGGUGUGGCAUAUCAAGAUGCUGAUUAGACAGCAUGAUUAUUGCACAGGUGUGCCUGGGCUGGCCACAAUAAAAGGCCACUCUAAAUGUGCAGUUUUAUUACCCAGCAAAAUGCCACAGAUGUUGCAAGUUUUGAAGGAGCGUGCAAUUGGCAUGCUGACUGCAGGAAUGUCCACCAGAGCUGUUGCCCAUGAAUUGAAUGGUCAUUUCUUUACCAUAAGCUGUCUUCAAAGACGUUUCAGAGAAUUUGAUGGUACAUCCAACCAGCCUCACAACCGAAGACCACGUGUAACCACACAGCCCAGGACCUCCACAUCCAGCAUCUUCACCUCAAAAACCAGCCACCCGGACAGCUGCUGCAACAAUCUGUUUGCAUAACCAAAGAAUUUUUGCACAAAAUGUCAGAAACCAUCUCAGGGAAGCUCAUCUGCAUGCUUGUCAUCCUCAUCAGGGUCUCGACCUGACCUCAGUUCGUCGUCGUAAGCUAAUGGAAUGGGCAAAUGCUCAAAUUCAAUGGUGUCUGGCACUCUGGAGAGGUGUUCUCUUCACGGAUGAAUCUCGGUUAUCACUGUACAGGGCAGAUGGCAGACAGCAUGUAUGGCGCCGUGUGGGUGAGCAGUUUUCUGAUGUCAACGUUGUGGAUCGAGUGGCCCAUGGUGGCGGUGGGGUUAUGGUAUGGGCAGGCAUAUGCUAUAGACAACGAACACAGGUGCAUUUUAAUGAUGACAUUUUGAAUGCACAGAGAUACCGUGACCCAUUGUUGUGCCAUUCAUCCACGACCAUCACCCUUUAUGUUGCAGCAUGAUAAUGCACGGCCCCAUGUUGCAAGGAUCUGUACACAACAGAUCCUGGAAGCAGAAAACAUCCCAGUUCUUGCAUGGCCAGCAUACUCACCGGACAUGUCACCCAGUGAGCAUGUUCAGGAUGCUCUGGAUCUGCAUAUACGACAGCGUGUUCUAGGUCCUGCCAAUAUUCAGCAACUUCGCACAGCCAUUGAAGAGGAGUGGACCAACAUUCCACAGGCCAUAAUUCAACAACCUGAUCAACUCUAUGCGAAGGAGAUGUGUUAGCGUGAGGCAAAUGGUGGUCACACCAGAUACUGACUGGUUUUCGGACGCCCCCGUAUCCCACCCAAUACAGUAAAACUGCAUAUUUUAGAGUGGCCGUUUAUGGUGGUAAGCCUAAGGCACACCUGUGCAAUAAUCAUGCUGUCUAAUCAGCAUCUUGAUAUGCCACACCUGUGAGGUGGAUAGAUUAUCUCGGCAAAGGAGAAGUGCUCACUAACACAGAUUUAGACAGAUUUAUGAACAAUAUUUGAGAAUGUGACGAAAGCCACUUCGCCACUGGGUUGGAGGGGAGUACUUGCCAGCCUUUUGCCCUGUGACUAUGGCCCCUUUAAUUUAUUGUGGUUGAGAGACCGUAUAUGUGGCUAUUGGGACUUUAAACAAUGGUUCUUCGAGCUCCCGAACAGUCAAAGUGGCCGCCAUUCGACAUUCGGCCAUCAUGUUCGCAUAGACCAAAACCACGAAUAGACUUCAGGUGGACUUAGCCGCAAAUGCCCUGGAAUUAUUUUCAGCAUGAAAACCUUGUAGUUCCCAGUCGGUCCUCCAGUGGCACUUAGCCACGAUUCUAUGGAACUGUUUUGGGCAUGGGACCGUGCCUGCACCUGGGCAAAACUAUGACCUCCAUAAAAUUCCUGAACCCCUGAUUUGAUCUGGGCAAUUUUUAGAUAUGUUGUUCACCCAGAUCAGGGCUAUCAGGGGAUGUAUGGGAUAUGUUGUAUUUUGAGGUACUUAUUGGACUUUAUAUAAAUAUCUGUUUUUUUUGGUUUGGGGAUAAUUAAGUUAAUGUAUUAUCGACCUUAAUUGUAUCACAUGCAGAGGGGAGGGAUUGUGUCCUGUAUGUGGGAGUGUUGUUCAUUGUUACAUUGUUUCUAUUGGCUUGUACACUUUGUGUCCCUGUGCCCAACAAGGUCCACCUGGGCAUCACCCUUGUUGGGAAACCUGCAUAAAAGGCCAGUGUGCCUCCAUUAAAAUUGAGUUCCUGUUUGACCCUCAACACGUAGUCUUGUCUCGUGAUUGGAGGGGAACAGCUAUAUUCACACUGGGGAUUGCUAUACUCUUUAUACCCCCUUGGGCUCUAAUCACUAGCUCUUCUAAGAGCUGUUCCUGCUACGCUCUCCUGGAGGAGAGGUCUUUCCCACACGGUCCUGGAUGCCAGAGGUUCAUACAGGGUGGAAGGAAGACGGCGAGAUUCCAGUUAAGUUAAGGCGGUUGUGGAGUCUGCUGUGCUUGUGGUGUCCGGUGCGGUGCUUAUAGUCCUCAGCGUCAGCUAGGAAGCAUCUGUUGACAGAGGUGCCAAGUCGGGGUGCCAGGUCAUCCGUUACAGAGACAUAGGCCUUUUGUGUACAUAGAAAAAGUCUUAGAUCUUUGAGUACAGCUCAUGAAAAGUGGGGCAAAAACAAAAGUGUUGCGUUGAUAAAUUUGUCCUGUGUAACACUGUGAAGAUGAAAAAUAUUUAUUGUUUUUGGUUUUUUUGGCUGGGGGGAGGGGUGUGGGGGUUUGAUAUAUUUGGUAAGAAUAACUUAUUAAACCCUAUUUGUCGAUCUAUCUAAUUUUUACAGAAAAUAUUUGGUGAAAGGUUCUCAUGUCCAAUGGGGUCCAAACAGAACAGUUUGGGUUGACAUAAAACUCUCCACAGGUUUAUUCUUUAAAGUGUGUUUUUAAUGCAGCGUAGUGUGUCCAAACAAGUAAUGUAGAAUUGCAAGUCUCUGCGUAAUUAUAUUUAUCGAUCAGCAAAAAUGUUAAAACCCCUUGUGCUGAAAAUGCCACCUAAUCUGACGAAGGGUUGCCUGAAAUUUUGCCAUUUUAGAAAUAGUAACAUUUGAUUUUGGUAAAUGUUUCAAACUACGAUUGAUAAUAUAGAAGAUUCUGUACAGAUAAGUGAACCCUCGAUGCAACGCACUGCGCAAAGUUCUUAAUAUGAAAGAAGGGAAGAGGAGCGACAUUUUAAAUAAUUUUGAAUUGAAAAGAAAUGUCCUGUUGUGGGAAAGUGAUUUGAGUCUUAUUUUUGUAACAGUCUCCUUGCUACCAUUUAUGACCAGGGAACCUUAUUUUUCUUUCCAGAUGAAAAGACCAUUUUCUUCAACAGUCAUGAGGUUUCCAAGGCCGAGUCCUGUUCCCACCUCUCACAAGUGAGUCACUGUCACACUAGUAAAUGGACCAAGCAGCUGAGUCCUCACUCCGCCAACUGCCCGACAAUUCUUGAUGUUCAGUAAGCUGCUGCCAUGGCUUCUAUGUCCAAGCCAAGGCUUCACUUAUUGGUCAAUAUCGGUGAUCCACCAUUCUCUCCUUCCAGGCGAUGCCAUGCCCAGAGGUUCACCCGCCACCAGCAGCGAUAGUGAAAAAAGUGGUACAGAGCCUCCAGGAGGCCCUUGGUAUGUCGCUAUUCGGAGUGGAUGUUAUCGUCGAUACACAGAGCGGCCGAUGCGCAGUCAUUGAUGUCAAUGCAUUUCCAGGUAUGAUGAGAGAGAAGUCUUUCCUGGAGAUAAGGAGUACUGUCAGAGGAGACAGGUAACAAAGUAACUCUGUAGAAAGUGAAUAGGUGGCACGGAGGAUUUGGAUUUAUAUAACCCAGCUUGGUAAAAGAGGUUUGAUUAUAACUUCUGUGUGGCUUACAAUACCAGGCGUGUGCUGAAGGAUAUUCCCACUUCGUAUGGUGAUGAUUCAGGAUGGGAUAAUUAUAAUAAUGAGCCACGUGGUGUUCAAUAUAAUGACCUCAAAUAUUUGGAGAACCCCUCAGUCUAUUACUAUAUGCCCCAUGUCAACCUAAUUUAUGUUCCCAAACCAAGAGUUCCACAAGCCCACCAAUUUAGUGUUUAGCAAAAUCUCCUAAAGGCACACUGAAUUUUAAUUAUAAGUCUAAGCCGCACAUACAGCUUGAAGCUGUCAUUGUGGAUUUUGGCCACUAGGUGGGGAACUUUACUUGGAAUUGAACAAUAAAGAAAUCUGUUGGUUCAGAGCCUUGUGUCCUCCCUGGAUAGAACAAAUAUUGAGGCUAUUUCACAAAUUUCAUAUUUAAAACCAAAAUGGACAAAAUGGAAGCAUAGCUGACGUAGAGAAUUUUUACAGUUCAACUAUUUUGUCCUUAAAAUUGAAAUUCACUUUGAAUUCCCAACAAUUCGUACUUUCGUGAAAAAUAUAAUUUUACAUUUUUGAAAAAUAAAUCUGUAUUAUUCCCGGUCCCUCUGGAUAUCAGCCUGGUCCUUAUAACCCAAAGCAAUAUAUGUGCCAGUAGUGCCGAAUAUCUCUCCUAAUAUGUUGUUUCUGCAUGCAGUGUUUGUGGUGGAGCAGCACCCCCGUAGUGAAGGCAGGUUCUUUUUGGGAAAGAAGAUAGAUCCCUCAACCUUUUUAUUUUUUUUCUAGGCUAUGAAGGUGUCCCCGAGUUCUUUCCAGCGCUCCUCUCUCAUGUUGAAAAACUCCUUGAAGAUCCCAAGGAGCCAUCCCCAGACCCCCCUGCAGAAGCUCCCCAGAUCCUGCGAGGACCUGCUCCCUCAAACUCCUGGGUGGCAGACUCGGCUUUAGCAGAUCCAUAUAAAAAGAGCCUCCCCGAUACCCCCUAUUUUAAUUUGUGUACCCCCAGCCUUUCGGAUGACUGGUGACAGAAUUGGUAGGUAAAUUAAUCUUCCAAGGCAAGAGCUGCAGGGGAUAAUAUGGCUUUCUCCUUCCAUAAGCUCCAUCCUUGGACUUACUUGUGUGCUUCUCUUUAUUGGCCGAUGCCUUUUCACCUAACUGACAUGAUGAAGGGUCAGGUGGGAUUACAGAUCAAUGCUAAUAUGGUCUUUUUAAUUGAGAAAAAGGAGGCAUAACUCUUUUUUUUCUGUGUCCCCCACUCCCUCCACAUUAUCAGUUCUCCGAUAUCAAAUGUUCAUUGUUUUUUGUUUUUUUUAUUGGUUAUUACGGCAAACAAUACUGAGAGCAAAUGACCUCACAUUAUAGAAAUGUACAUGUAGGAAAACUUUCCCCGUAUUCAGAACCAAGAAAACAUCCCGCCCGCUGCCCCAGACAGAACAAUGCAGCCAGUUUACAACAAAUAAAAGAUUUUAAAAAUUCUCAAACUAAGGAAUGUGUGCUGGAUAGAGUCUACUUGGAGCAAGAGAAGAUAUUCAAUGAUCCUAUGUCUGUGGUUGCAGCCCGACGUCCCUACAUGUUCUGCUGGCCACCUUCUAGGACAGUCACAGGCCGACCUAGCCCAGGGUCUUAGCACAUGUAAUGAGAUGCUUUGGGGGUAUUUGGACUUGUUUUUUCCCUUCUACCCAGCUAGAGCCCAAACAUUUUAUGUGAAGCUCACUCAAAGCUAAGCCACAAGAGGAUUGGCUCCAUGUAUUCUAACAGUAUAAAGCCAGCCUUGGAAGAUCAGAAAUUAUGUAUGUACACAGGAUAGUGGAAAGCAGACAAGGAAGACGCAAGGUUAAGCACUAGCUUUAGGGUCAACCUUGGCGCAGCUGCUGUAGUCUCUCUGCAGUUUUCCUCAGCUCUCUCUCCACCUCCUGCAGGUCCUGCUCCUGUGGAGAAAGCACAGAAUACUGUAAACAUCAUACAACGCAUACAAAAAAAUGGACAAAUGAUUUUCUGUGACAUCACAGACUUUGUUUCAACUAUCAAAAUACGUUUACUAGUCACACCCUAAAUCUCAGGCUUUGGUUCAUGAGACGAAAGUCCUGCUCUAACACUAUGUGCCGGAUUCUCCAAAGAACAAACUGUUUUCUGCCGUUUAAAGGUGUGAUUACAGCAGGUAUCAAGGUCCAGUAUUUCAGCUAUAUCCAUAAUGGUUGCAAAUGGUGUCAGAGACAUAAAUUACUAAUGGCAAGCACACAAAUUUGAACGUUAUGGAGGUUAUCUGGUUCUCUGUAAAUGUAAUUUUCCAUUCAUCUUCGAUGUUUAUGAAACUAAAGGUUUUUAUGAUCCUGACACAUGAGAAGAGCUGGACUAACCAGUUUCAACUAACAAACCAUGCUUUUUUGAAUUCAUUGCUGUUCGUGUGUCCAAAAGUCUGCGUGUGACCCACAUUCCUGCGACUCUCUAUCCCUCAGCACUUUUCUCCAUUCUUCUCAUGACCCAAUAUUUUCCACCUCCACCUGUUCGUUCUUCUUAAGACCCAAUAUUUUGCAUCUCUAUCUGCCUGUUCUUCUCAAUCCCUAAGAGUUUCCAUCUCUAUCUGUUAAUUCUUUUCAUGCCCCAAUAUUUUCCAUCUCUAUCUGUUCGUUCAUCUCAUGACCCAAGACUCUGUAUUUAUGCAUUUUAAUUUGUCUCAUUUUUAAAAAAAAUUCUAGAAGUUUGUGGGCUUGCAGGUAGAGCUUCCAAAACUUGUGUUUCUUUUUUUUUUUUGUGUCUGUUAUCAAUCUCUUUGUUCAGACAGACGCACGCGCGUGCGCGCGCAUACACACACACACACACACACACACACACACACACACACACACACCCUCUCUCUCUCUCAUUUUAGGGCUUCUUCAUUGAACAGUGAAUUGUAGAGCAUUAAAAUUUAAGUUGAAUUUGAGAUUUUUCCAGGUAAUUGGUCUUAUAAUUUACUAUUUAGUGAAUAAAGUCUUUAGUGACACCAUGGUUGGAGUCUCAAAUGCAUGCAGUCCCUGUGACAUACUGUUUUAACUUUUGGUACUUCCAUGACUUCUUGCGCACCAGAGCUUAUUCCAUGAUAUCAAAUAAACCAUUUAAUUCCACAUAUCGAAACAGUGUCUUUAUUACAGGAAACAGACAUAAU